AUGGGUCCUCCACUCUUCGCAUCCCCUUCGUCAUCCUGGGCCACUACGAGCUCAUGGACCGUCUCCUCAGACUCAGUCGCCCCCACCCUUUCAGUUUCUAUACCGGACCAGGCAGCGCCUUCCUCCCCUCCUCCUCCUCCUCCUCCCCCUCCAACAUCCACUUUCGUAGCACAAGCCGCUGUCACAUCAGCUUCAAGCUCGGCCGCAGAAGCUCCCGCUGCGGCUGUCGCCACGUCGGCUUCAUCGUCUGGAACCUCCUCGGACACCAUUACACAGUAUUUGACGGCGCACAAUACUGUUCGAGCUCAGCAUGGAGCUUCGGAUUUGACUUGGAGCGACGAGCUUGCGUCGGCUGCUCAGUCGUAUUCAGCCAAGUGUGUGUUCCAGCACUCUGGUGGAACGUUGGGGCCCUUCGGAGAAAACUUGGCUGCUGGGACAGGUGACUCAUACGAUAUCGCUGCUGCAGUUAAGUCUUGGACCGAUGAAGUUUCUCAAUAUGACCCGAACAAUCCUACCGCCUCCCACUUCACUCAGGUCGUCUGGAAAGCUACCACCCAGGUAGGAUGUGCCGAGACAGACUGCGACGGGAUAUUCGCUGCUAGCUUCGGUGUACCGCACUUCCAUGUCUGUGAAUAUCUGGUCCAAGGCAACGUUGUGGGCUCAUUUCCGUACGCACUUUUAUCUUCCUCAUCUCUCCUUCGCUAA